GUCGCAGAAGCGUACGAUGAAGCUCCGAGCAUGGUUAAAUUGGAUUUAGCAGUGGGCAUUAUCGAGCUAAGUUUGAUUAUUUGGCAGUGUGUUUAAACUCAUCUCGGAUUGGCUUAGUUUGGUUUUAAUUGUUUGAAACUGGGUGUGACACCUUAAAAAAAUAGAUAAAAUUUAUCUGUCAAAAAAAAAAAACAAAUAUAAAAUAUCUGAUUAAAAUAGACCAGAUAUAAAUUAUCUGGUAAAAUAAACAUAACAAAUAAUACUUCAUAAAGUAAUUAAUAAAGAUGAGUUAGUGCAUAGCAGGGUGACCUGAGUGUUCAGGAGUACCACACGAAGUUCGUUCAACUGGCUCGUUUUGCCAAGGACCUGGUGUCAACCGAGGUCAGUAUGACCCGCAGGUUUGUUAACGGGCUUAACUACGGGGCCCAAAAGUUCGUGACGGUAGCAGAGCCGCGGAAUUUGAAUGAGGCUUAUAGAAAGGCUGGUAAGUACUACCUGGUACACCAGAAGGAAAGGGAGGCACACAAAAGAGACCGAAAGAAUGCAGAAGUGGAGCAGCAACAGAAGAAGGCCAAGAUUGAUCGCCCUGAGCAGCGCCAGAACAACCAAGGCGGAGGAAGAUUCCAAGGUCAAAAUCAGAGGAGGGAUCGUGAGAGGCACUAUUACUGCAAGCGUUGUAAUAGAGAUCACCCAGGCGUAAAUUGUGACGGAAGUCAAACCAAAUGUUUCAAUUGCGACAAGCUAGGACACCGAGCUUUUGAAUGCAAUUCCAAGAAGGCGGACGUACCGGCAAACCCGAAUCAAAGGAGUGAUGGGAACAAUGACAACAACCCCAAUAGAGGUCGAAUCUACGUGAUGAAUCAAACUCAGGCAAACGCUCACAAUCUCGACUCAGGUGAAUAUUUAGAGACCAGAAUUGAGGAAGAGAAUUAGGAGCAUCAGGACUUAAGCACUUUAUUUGUGCAGGUCGCAUAUGCAUAUGACGAAGGUUCGAGCACUAUGAAGUUGCAUUUAGGAGUGGGUGUUUUCAUGAUUAGGUUAAAGUUGUGGUUUUUAUUUUAGUGAAGAAAUGAUAAGUUUGAUAAAUUGGCGGUGCGUUUAAAAUCAUCUCAGAUUGGCCUUGUUUGGUUUUCAUUCUACGACAGGCUAACGUUGAGAGAGUUUAAAAUCAGUUUAUACACAUUUUUUUUAAGUAUACUGUUUGAUUUAUUUUCCCUGUCAUGUUUUAAAAAAAAAAACAGUUCGGGGUUUGUUUGGCUUUACACACUGGUCACACACAAGAAGCGUAGCAUAAAGCUACGAGGAAAUUGAAGUUGGUUUUCGGCGUGGGUGAUUGUCAGACUGAGUCGCAGACGCGUACGAUGAAGCUCCAAGCAUUGUUAAACUGGAUUUAGAAGUGGACAUUAUCGAGCUAAGUUUGAUUAUUAGGCAGUGUUAUUAAACUCAUCUCGGAUUGGCUUAGUUUGGUUUUAAUUGUUUGAAACUGGGAGCACUUUUACUUUUAAGCUGAAAACUCCCAAACAACACUGAUUAUACUUCGUUUCUUGUGAAUCGUGAGUUUCUUUUCAGUUAAGCUAUAUUAUGCCUACCUUUUUUAAAUUUUACAUUUAAAAGCAGUGAAGAAAGAACAGUAUUUUGAAACUAAUUUCUUAACUCAUACUUUUUGGAGGGCAGUUUUAUAUUUUUGCGAAGGCCACCAAAACUUGAGACAAAUGGCAGUUGAUUAACUUUCUUCUGAACAACUUAAACAACUAUUUACUAGUCUCCGAAAUUCACUUAUAUAUACUCGACAAUGUAGAUGAACUAGCAUGUAGAGAACAUGAAAUCAGUUUAUAUAUAAAUGUUUGUUAAGUUUAUUGUCUAAUUUAUUUUCACUGCGUAAGUUUGAUAGCUUUGCGGUGUGUUUUAACAUAAUUUCGGAUUGUGUUUGGGUUUAUAUAGGUCGCAGACGCGUACGAUGAAGCUCCGUGCAUUGUUAAACUGGAUUUAGGAGUGGGCAUUAUCGAGCUAAGUUUGAUUAUUUGGUCGCAGACGCGUAUGAUGAAGCUCCGAGCAUUGUUAAACAGGAUUUAGAAGUGGGCAUUAUUGAGCUAAGUUUGAUUAUUAGGCAGUGUGAUUAAACUCAUCUCGGAUUGACUUAGUUUGGUUUUAAUUGUUUGAAACUGGGAGCUCUUUUACUUUUAAACUGAAAACUCCUGAACAACACUGAUUAUACUUUGUUUCUUGUGAAUCGUGAGUUUCUUUUCAGUUAAGCUAUAUUAUGCCUACCUUUUUUUAAUUUUACAUUUAAAAGCAGUGAAGGAAGAACAGUAAUUUGAAACUAAUUUCUUAACUCAUACUUUUGGGAGGGCAGUUUUAUAUUUUUGCGAAGGCCACCAAAACUUGAGACCAAUGGUAGUUGAUUAAACUCUUUGAGUUAAUACCUGAGAACUUUCUUCCGAACAACUUAAACAAAUAUUUACUAGUCUCCGAAAUUCACUCAUAUAUACUCGACAAUCUAGACGAACUAGCAUGUAGAGAACAUUAAAUCAGUUUAUAUAUAAAAGUUUGUAAAGUUUAUUGUUUGAUUUAUUUUCACAGCGCAAGUUUGAUUGUUUGGUGUUAAGUUUAAAAUUGUUUGAGUUUAUUGUCUAAUUUAUUUUCACUGCAUAAAAUUGAUGUCUUUGCGGUGUGUUUUGAAUUAAUUUCGGAUUAUGUUUGGGUUUAUAUAGGUCGCAGAAACGUACGAUGAAGCUCCGAGCAUUGUGAAAUUGGAUUUAGGAGUGGGCAUUGUCGAGCUAAGUUUGAUUAUUUGGCAAUGUGUUUAAACUCAUCUCGGAUUGGCUUAGUUUGGUUUUAAUUGUUUCAAACUGGGAGCUCUUUUACUUUUAAGCUGAAAACUCCUAAACAACACUGAUUAUACUUCGUUUCUUGUGAAUCUUGAGUUUCUUUUCAGUUAAGUUAUAUUAUGCCUACCUUUUUUAAAUUUUUCAUUUAAAAGCAGUGAAGAAAGAAUAAUAAUUUAAAACUAAUUUCUUAACUCAUACUUUUGGGAGGGCAGUUGUAUAUUUUUUGCGAAGGCAAUCCAAACUUGAGACAAAUGGUAGUUGAUUAAACUCUUUGUGUUAAUACCUAAGAACUUUCUUCCGAACAACUUAAACAACUAUUUACUAGUCUGCGAAAUUCACUCAUAUAUACUCGACAUUCUAGAUGGGCUAGCGUGUAGAGAACAUGAAAUCAGUUUAUAUAUAAAAGUUUGUAAAGUUUAUUGUUUGAUUUAUUUUCACAGCACAAGUUUGAUUGUUUGGUGCUAAGUUGAAAAUUGUUUAAGAUUGUGCUUUUGUUUAUACAGGUCGCAUAUGCAUAUGACAAAGGUUCGAGCACUAUGAAGUUGCAUUUAGGAGUGGGUGUUAUCAUGCUUAGGUCGCAGACGCGUACGAUGAAGCUCCGAGCAUUGUUAAACUGGAUUUAGAAGUGGGCAUUAUCGAGCUAAGUUUGAUUAUUAGGCAGUGUGAUUAAACUCAUCUCGGAUUGGCUUAGUUUGGUUUUAAUUGUUUGAAAUUGGGAUCUCUUUUACGUUUCAACUGAAAACUCCUGAACAACACUGAUUAUACAUCGUUUCUUGUGAAUCGUGAGUUUCUUUUCAGUUAAGCUAUAUUAUCCCUACCUUUUUUUAAUUUUACAUUUAAAAGCAGUGAAGAAAGAACAGUAAUUUGAAACUAAUUUCUUAACUCAUACUUUUGGGAGGGCAGUUUUAUAUUUUUGCGAAGGCCACCAAAACUUGAGACAAAUGGUAGUUGAACUAUUUACUAGUCUCCGAAAUUCACUCAUAUAUACUCGACAAUCUAGACGAACUAGCAUGUAGAGAACAUGAAAUCAGUUUAUAUAUAAAAGUUUGUAAAGUUUAUUGUUUGAUUUAUUUUCACAGCGCAAGUUUGAUUGUUUGGUGCUAAGUUUAAAAUUGUUUAAGAUUGUGCUUUUGUUUAUACAGGUCGCAUAUGCAUAUGACGAAGGUUCAAGCACUAUGAAGUUGCAUUUAGGAGUGGGUGCUAUCAUGCUUAGGUUAAAGUUGUGGUUUUCAUUUUAGUGAAGAAAUGAUAAGUUUGAUUAAAUGGGGGUGCGUUUAAAAUCAUCUCAGAUUGGCCUUGUUUGGUUUUCAUUUUACGAACGGGCUAACGUUGAGAGAGUUUAAAAUCAGUUUAUACACAAUUUUUUUAAGUAUACUGUUUGAUUUAUUUUCCCUGUUAAGUUUUUUAAAAAACCAGUUCGGGGUUUGUUUGGCUUUACACACUGGUCACACACAAGAAGCGCACCAUCAAGCUUCGAGGAAAUUGAAGCUGGUUGGCGGCGUGGGUGAUUGUCAGACUAAGUAAGUGUUGCGAUUUUUAAUUUUAUUUUAGUAGUAAUUGACAUGAAAGCUUUUAUUGCAAGUGUUAGUUUUUUUUUAUAUUCUGAGUUUAAGCUUGUUUGAUGAAAAGUUAUAUCAUCCCUGUAAUUUAUUGUUUUUAACUAAAAUUUGUACAUUAUUCUAAACAGAAUUCAUAAGGAAACUAGAUAUUCAGAAUCCUAAAGUUAAUAGGGAUAGUUUUUUCGAAGUGAGGUAGUAUGACUACAGGCAGGAGGGUUAUUCUGUCGAUAAAGUUAAAGGAGUGAAUAGUUUUUGUUAAACUACUUUUGUAAUUAGUUGCAGGUUGAAGUCCUUAUUCUUCUGUGUUGUAUUGUUUGUUGCUAGACCAACCAAAGUGUUAUAUAUACUCCGAUGUGUUACAUGCUCUUUUUGAAAGCCCUAAACAGCACUGAUCAUACUUCGUUUCUUACAAUUAAUGAGUUUUUUUAGUUAGGCUCGAUGUCUACCUUUUUUAAAAUAUUACAUUUAAAAGCAGAUGUGAAAGAAUAAAUGGUACUUCAUUGAAUUUUUGAAGUUAGUAUAAAGAUCCCUAGAACCUCCUUCCAAACAACUUUACAACUCUUUCCUAGUCUCGGAAUUUCACUCAUAUUUACUAAAAAAUCUAGAUGGCCAAGCCUCUGGAGAAUCAGAAAUCAGAUUUUAUAUAAAAAUUUGUUAAGUUUAUUGUCUAAUUUAUUUUCACUGCGUAAAAUUGAUAGCUUUGCGGUGUGUUUUGAAUUAAUUUCGGAUUAUGUUUGGGUUUAUAUAGGUCGCAGAAGCGUACGAUGAAGCUCCGAGCAUUGUUAAAUUGGAUUUAGGAGUGGGCAUUAUCGAGCUAAGUUUGAUUAUUUGGCAGUGUGUUUAAACUCAUCUCGGAUUGGCUUAGUUUGGUUUUAAUUGUUUCAAACUGGGAGCUCUUUUAUUUUUAAGCUGAAAACUCCUAUAAACAACACUGAUCGUACUUCGUUUCUUCUGAAUCGUGAGUUUCUUUUCAGUUAAGCUAUAUUAUGCCUACCUUAUUUAAAUUUUACAUUUAAAACCAGUGAGGAAAGAAUAAUAAUUUAAAACUAAUUUCUUAACUCAUUCUUUUGGGAGGGCAGUUGUAUAUUUUUUUCGAAGGCCACCAAAACUUGAGACAAAUGGUAGUUGAUUAAACUCUUUGAGUUAAUACCUGAGAACUUUCUUCCAAACAACUUAAACAACUAUUUACUAGUCUCCGAAAUUCACUCAUAUAUACUCGACAAUCUAGAUGAACUAGCAUGUAGAGAACAUGAAAUCAGUUUAUAUAUAAAAGUUUGUAAAGUUUAUUGUUUGAUUUAUUUUCAAAGCGCAAGUUUGAUUGUGUGGUGCUAAGUUUAAAAUUGUUUAAGAUUGUGCUUUUGUUUAUACAGGUCGCAUAUGCAUAUGACGAAGGUUCGAGCACUAUGAAGUUGCAUUUAGGAGUGGGUGUUAUCAUGCUUAGGUUAAAGUUGUGGUUUUCAUUUUAGUGAAGAAAUGAUAAGUUUGAUUAAUUGGCGGUGCGUUUUUGUUAAAGCACUAUGAGGUAGUAUCUAUGUUGCACGGAAACGUGAAAAUCAUAAGGAAACGGGAAACGGGAAACGUCAUCUUUUGCUCAAAAAACGCUUAUUUGGAGAGUUUCCAAAGAGUUUCCGAGAGUUUCCGAAACGGGAAACGUACUCUUUCCCAAGAGUUUCCAUGCUACAUAGGGUAGUAUUACUACAAGCAGCAGGGUUAUUCUAUCGAUGAAGUUAAAGGAAUGAAUAGUUUUUGUUAAAUUACUUUUGUAAAUAGUUGCAAGUUGAAGUCCUUAUUCUUCUGUGUUGUAUUGUUUGUUGCUAGACCAACCAAAGGGUUAUAUAUACUCCGAUGUGUUAUACGCUCUUUUUGAAACUCCCAAACAGCACCGAUCAUACUUCGUUUCUUACAAAUCAUGAGUUUUUUCUAGUUGGGCUUGAUGUCUACCUUUUCUAAAAUUUUACAUUUAAAAGCAGUUGUGAAAGAAUAAUGGUAGUUAUGCCUGGUCUCUACCAACUUUUUCCAAAGCCCAUACAAUCUUAAGAUAACUGGUAGUUAAUUGAAUUCUUGAAGGUAGUAUAAAGAUCCCGAGAAGAUUCUUCCAAACAACUUUACAACUCUUUCGUAGUCUCGGAAUUUCACUCAUAUUUACUCAAAAAUCUAGAUGGCCAAGCAUCUGGAGGAUCAGAAAUCAGAUUUUAUAUAAAAAAUUGUUAAGUUUAUUGUCUAAUUUAUUUUCACUGCGUAAGUUUGAUUGCUUUGCGGUGUGUUUCAAAUUAAUUUCGGGUUGUGUUUGGGUUUAUAUAGGUCGCAGACGCGUACGAUGAAGCUCUGAGCAUUGUUAAACUGUAUUUAGAAGUGGGCAUUAUUGAGCUAAGUUUGAUGAUUUGGCAGUGUGUUUAAACUCAUCUCGGAUUGGCUUAGUUUGGUUUUAAUUGUUUCAAACUGGGAGCUCUUUUACUUUUAAGCUGAAAACUCCUAAACAACAUUGAUUAUACUUCGUUGGCUCCCAUAAAAUUUUACAUUUAAAAGCAGUUGUGAAAGAAUAAUAGUAGUUGUGUCUGGUCUCUACCAACUUUUUCCAAAGCCCAUCAAAUCUUAUGAUAACUGAUAGUUAAUUGAUUUCUUGAAGUUAGUAUAAAGAUCCCGAGAACCUCCUUCCAAACAACUUUACAACUCUUUCGUAGUCUCGGACUUUCACUCAUAUUUACUCAAAAAUCUAGAUGGCAAGCAUCGGUAGGAUCAGAAAUCAGAUUUUAUAUAAAAAAAUUGUUAAGUUUAUUGUCUAAUUUAUUUUCACUACGUAAGUUUGAUUGCUUUGCGGUGUGUUUUAAAUUAAUUUCGGAUUGUGUUUGGGUUUAUAUAGGUCGCAGACGCGUACGAUGAAGCUCCGAGCAUUGUUAAACUGGAUUUAGAAGUGGGCAUUAUCGAGCUAAGUUUGAUUAUUAGGCAGUGUGAUUAAACUCAUCUUGGAUUGGCUUAGUUUGGUUUUAAUUGUUUGAAACUGGGAGCUCUUUUACGUUUAAACUGAAAACUCCUGAACAACACUGAUUAUACAUCGUUUCUUGUGAAUUGUGAGUUUCUUUUCAGUUAAGCUAUAUUAUGCCUACCUUUUUUUAAUUUUACAUUUAAAAGCAGUGAAGAAAGAACAGUAAUUUGAAACUAAUUUCUUAACUCAUACUUUUGGGAGGGCAGUUUUAUAUUUUUGCGAAGGCCACCAAAACUUGAGACAAAUGGUAGUUGAUUAAACUCUUUGAGUUAAUACCUGAGAACUUUCUUCCGAACAACUUAAACAACUAUUUACUAGUCUCCGAAAUUCACUCAUAUAUACUCGACAAUCUAGACGAACUAGCAUGUAGAGAACAUGAAAUCAGUUUAUAUAUAAAAGUUUGUAAAGUUUAUUGUUUGAUUUAUUUUCACAUCGCAAGUUUGAUUGUUUGGUGCUAAGUUUAAAAUUGUUUAAGAUUGUGCUUUUGUUUAUACAGGUCGCAUAUGCAUAUGACGAAGGUUCAAGCACUAUGAAGUUGCAUUUAGGAGUGGGUGUUAUCAUGCUUAGGUUAAAGUUGUGGUUUUCAUUUUAGUGAAGAAAUGAUAAGUUUGAUUAAAUGGCGGUGCGUUUAAAAUCAUCUCAGAUUGGCCUUGUUUGGUUUUCAUUUUACGAACGAGCUAACGUUGAGAGAGUUUAAAAUCAGUUUAUACACAAUUUUUUUAAGUAUACUGUUUGAUUUAUUUUCCCUGUUAAGUUUUUUAAAAAACCAGUUCGGGGUUUGUUUGGCUUUACACACUGGUCACACACAAGAAGCGUACCAUCAAGCUUCGAGGAAAUUGAAGCUGGUUGGCGGCGUGGGUGAUUGUCAGACUAAGUCGCAGAAGCGUACGAUGAAGCUUCGAGCAUUGUUAAAUUGGAUUUAGGAGUGGGCAUUAUCGAGCGAAGUUUGAUUAUUUGGCAGUGUGUUUAAACUCAUCUCGGAUUGGCUUAGUUUGGUUUUAAUUGUUUCAAACUGGGAGCUCUUUUAUUUUUAAGCUGAAAACUCCUAUAAACAACACUGAUCGUACUUCGUUUCUUCUGAAUCGUCGCAUAUGCAUAUGACGAAGGUUCGAGCACUAUGAAGUUGCAUUUAGGAGUGGGUGUUAUCAUGCUUAGGUUAAAGUUGUGGUUUUCAUUUUAGUGAAGAAAUGAUAAGUUAGAUUAAUUGGCGGUGCGUUUUUGUUAAAGCACUAUGAGGUAGUAUCUAUGUUGCACGGAAACGUGAAAAUCAUAAGGAAACGGGAAACGGGAAACGUCAACUUUUGCUCAAAAAACGCUUAUUUGGAGAGUUUCCAAAGAGUUUCCGAAAUGGGAAACGUACUCUUUCCCAAGAGUUUCCAUGCUACAUAGGGUAGUAUUACUACAAGCAGCAGGGUUAUUCUAUCGAUAAAGUUAAAGGAAUGAAUAGUUUUUGUUAAAUUACUUUUGUAAAUAGUUGCAAGUUGAAGUCCUUAUUCUUCUGUGUUGUAUUGUUUGUUGCUAGACCAACC